UAUGCUCGCCACUAUAUAAAGCAGCCCUUCCGUCAAACUACGAUACGCGCACACACUCAGUUUUUACUUGCUCUGAGUGUCAUCCGAGUGUUAUUAGCUUCCAAAUCCAAAGUUAGAGCAGACGCAAUCUCAGUACUUGAAACCCAAGAGACAUGAUGAAGUUGGUGGUGAAAUUGGAUCUACAUGAUGACAGAGACAGGAGCAAGGCCAUGCGAGUAGUUUCUGGUUUUGGAGGGAUUGGGUCUCUGAAUAUGGACACGAAGGACAACAAACUAACUGUAUCCGGCGAAUUCGACCCGGUCAAGGUGGUGAACAAACUGAGGAAAUCUUGGCACACAGAUAUUGUGAGUGUCGGACCGGCCAAGGAAGACGGCGGCAAGAAAGACGAAGGCAAGAAAGACGAGGGCAAGAAAGAUGAAGAUCAAGUCGCCAAUCUCGUAAAAGCCUAUCAAGCAUACUAUUCUAGGCCGCUUACAUAUCACUACGUGCCUUACGAAGAAACCCCAAAUUGUGUCAUAUGUUAAAAUUCCUUGUGCUUCCAGACCAAAUCAGGGCUUGGUUUGUGCACUGCAAAGGAUUGUUGAUUAUGCCUUAUGAACACAAGAACAAGUGGAAUACCUUUUUUUGCA